ACACGUUUCAUAGAUGGGUGAUGAUUCAUGGUGCAUCUUAUAGCAUUGGGAGUUAUGAAGGGAAGAGGUGGAGCAGGUACUGGAGUCAACAGUUUCGUAGUUGAGACCUGAAAGUUGUACAGGUUUAGUUGGGGAAGUAGGAGUAAAGGAAUGGAUUAGGUGGUCAGAACAAGUUGGAAUUUUGUUGAAGAGGAAAUCUAUUAAAGUGAAAGUAGGAGGUAGUCCUGGCAUGCGAAUAAGUUGUGGUAAAAUAUGCUAUCAAGAAUCAUAUUUUGCUUGGCCGUGUUGUCAGCGAUAUUGGUGGUGGUUUUGUUGGCUCUCUUCUCACCAGCAGCUCAUAAGAAACCCGCAACAUCUGCCAGGCCUUGGUUUGCUCUAUCCUUGUACAUUCAGCAGCCACACGUUGCAACCACUAAAUUCCAGCCAACAGCAGCUGAUGGCGUUGCUGGCGCAUUUAUCUUUCACCGUACAUUAACGGAAGGACCAGAUAACACUUCCCAGGUUGUUGGCAAGGCUCAAGGCUUUAUUAUACCAAUUGACCAUUUUGCACACUCGAUCUUCAACGUCAUCUAUCUUACUUUUGAUACACCCAAAUACUCAGGCAGCGUGGGUCUCCAAGCCAAGUCUGUCGCCCACAAGAACACACAAGAGUUGAGUGUUGUGGGAGGAACAGGUUCUUUCGCUUUUGCUCGUGGAAUUGCUGUCUUCUUACAGACCAAUAAAGGAACUGAUGAGGUCCAUGCAACUUACCGUGUGAAGCUUCAUCUUAGAUUUCCUAAUCGGUCUCAGACAAUCUCUGGAUGAUCACUAUAAUAUUUUGUUUAUUACACGUACGUACAGUAUAUUUUGGUCUGUUAAUUUAACUAUAUAUCUUCUAUGAGUUGAGAGUGAUCCCAGUCAGUCAUUUUACACAUUUUGGUAAAGAUUUUUAUUUUCUGAUUGUAGGCAAUAUUAUUCGAUAGUUUCUUAUGCCA